AUGAUCAAAGAUAGAUUAAAGGCAGUCUUCGAUACACAAAAGUCUUAUACUGAUUUAAAACAACGAGACAUUGAAUAUUUAGUCGGGGAUAAGGUAUUUCUUAAAGUCUCUUCUUGGAAGAAAGUGUUGAGAUUUGGCCGAAAAGGAAAAUUAAGUCCCCGUUACAUUGAGUCGUACAAGGUUGUAGAAAGAAUCGGACCGGUCGCUUAUCGAUUAGCUUUAUCUCCGGAACUACAAAAGAUUCAUGAUGUUUUUCAUGUUUCUAUGCUACGAAGAUACAGAUCGGAUUCUUCUCUUAUCAUUUCUGUCAAAGAUAUUGAAGUUCGACCUGAUUUAUCUUACGAAGAAGAGCUAGUUCCGAUUUUAGCACGAGAGGUAAAGGAAUUAAGAAAUAAACGAGUUCCCUUAGUAAAAGUCUUAUGGAAAAGUCAUAGUAUGGAAGAAGCGACUUAG